UGCCCAUGGGGAACACCAUCCGGGCCCUCGUGGCCUUCAUCCCCACCGACCGCUGUCAGAGUUAUGUGGUGGGGGACCUCCGGGAAAUGCCGCUGGACAGGAUGGUGGAUCUGAGUGGGAGCCAGCUGCGUCGCUUCCCACUGCCCGUGUGCUCCUUCACCGCGCUGGUAAAGCUCUACCUCAGCGACAACCACCUCCACAGCCUGCCUCCCGACCUGGCCCAGCUGCAGAACCUGCAGAUCCUGGCCUUGGAUUUCAACAACUUCAAAGCUCUUCCCCAGGUGGUGUGCACCCUAAAACAGCUCUGCAUCCUCUACCUGGGCAACAACAAACUCUGUGACCUCCCGGAGGAGCUCAGGCUGCUCCAGAACCUGCGGACCCUGUGGCUUGAGUCGAACUGUCUCACCCGACUGCCCAACGUGGUGUGUGAGCUGAGCCUCCUCAAGACCCUGCACGCGGGUUCCAACGCCCUUCGGCGGCUGCCGGGCCAGCUCCGGCGCCUGCACGAGCUCAGGACCAUCUGGCUCUCGGGCAACCAGCUCGCAGACUUCCCCCCUGUGCUGCUUCACAUGCCGUUCCUGGAGGUCAUCGACGUGGAUCGCAACAGUAUCCGCUACUUCCCCAGCCUGACCCACUUGACGAAUCUGAAGCUGGUCAUCUAUGACCACAACCCUUGCAGAAACGCCCCCAGGGUGGGCAGAGGUGUGCGCCGUGUUGGCAGGUGGGCAGAGGAGACACCAGAGUCUGGCUCGAGAAAAGCUAGGCGACAUGCGCUGGCCGGUGAAGAGAGUCGAGGGCCGCCUCCUCUCCUUCCUCCCAGCCCCUGA